CGUAGUGCUAGAAUUAUCGAUAUCUGCAUAAAUACUGUGCAUCGAACCAGUUGGUAUAUAUUAUUUUUGCAUGACAAUGCUGUUGUUUUGUAAUAAAUACAUUUGUAUGCCAUCUACAGGUGUGUAAAGAUAAAUUACAUCCAAACAUAGUUACUUUCCUCGCAUUCAAUCAUACAGUACUCCGUGGCAACCGGUUUAAUCGACAAUCGUAGCAGCUUUUCUAUUCUAAGAACUCCGCAUCAGUAAGCAGAAAAAGAUAAGAAUUUGUAAAGUGAAUAAUCGAUAAGCCGUACCACACUUGAAAGUGACUGGAUUUAAAGCAAAAUCUAGAUAGCAAAGUACGAGCAGUAAAAUCAGAGUGUUGGCCUGGUUGCUGCUUAUUGUUAAUCUUACACCUGGUGUUAGGUUAGAACAAUAGGAAAACGCUCAAAGAGGCAUUAACAGGACAUGAAUCAACACAGAUAAAGUAAAACUGAGAUUCUAUUGUCCAAGUAGCCUUUUAAAAUAACAGCACAAUAUGGCAUUUUCCAUAGUAGAAUACUAUGGUGAAAACUCAAGGUAUCAAUGCGGAUAUUGUAAGCAGUCAAGGUCAUGCUCUUCCUAUGGUAUGUGGGCACACAAGCUUUGUUGCCAAGACUAUCAAGAGCUGAUUGAUCGUGGCUGGCGGCGAUCCGGUUGCUACUGCUAUAAACCUAUGAUGGAAAUCACUUGCUGCCCAUCAUACACCAUAAAGUGUGAUGCUAUGAACUUUCGCCUGAACAAAUCACAUAAAAAAAUUAUAAAACGGAUGAACAAGUUUCUGCGUGAUGGCAAACAAGACACAACAGAAAUGACGGUUCUGUCGAACAGCGAGGAAACCACAUCUCAUGAUACCGGUGGCCACGAGCAUAUGGAAGUACCUUGCGUACAACCGAAACCACUAGAUCCGAGUCUGAUGGGUUUGGACACGAAUGAUAGCGAUGAAUGUCGGCCUGUUGCUGACGAAAGUGGGUUCAGUGGUUUACAAAUACCCAAAUUGACAGAAUCAUUGGGCGUUUCAGUACAUCAAAGCGAUUCCAACGCAAGCAAUCAGCCAAAGAAAGCUAAGAUGUUGCGCAUUGAAAGGAAGCGCGAAAAGUUGCAGAAAAAGGGACUGUCUGGGGAAGCAAUCGAACAGAUGAUGAAACCCAGUGGUAACAAAAAUAAAGAAAAAUCAUUAGAAGAUUUUCUUGAGGAAUGUCCACAGAAAAAUAACAAGCCUGUGCAUCAUUUACAGGUAAAAUGUGUAGUUGCUAGUGAAGGUGCCACUGCUACCACAUUUAAACUGUACAGCUUAUACCAACAAAGCAUUCAUAAAGAUCCACUAUCCAAACUGAACAUGGACCGCUUCAAGCGCUUCCUUGUUAAAUCACCACUAAAGAUCGUGACGCUUCUCACUUCUGGAGCGAAAUUUAGAGAAAGCUUGCAUGUUUCAUACGAUCUGUACAAAAAGUAUCAGACGGCCAUUCACAAUGAUCCACCCGGUGCGAUUGAAGACUAUCUGGACUUUUUGGUGAAGUCGCCAUUAAAGGACUCGCAAGAGUACGGUACCUUUCAUCAACAGUACUGGCUAGAUGAUCGUCUUAUUGCUGUGGGUGUGAUUGAUGUGCUACCGUUCUGUGUCAGUUCGGUCUAUUUUUUCUACGAUCCUGAGUUUAAAUUUCUAUCGCUCGGUACUUACGGCUCGCUACGAGAGCUAGCGUUCACACGUUCACUGAACCGUAAAAUUCCUAGUAUUAAAAACUACUAUAUGGGUUUUUAUAUACACUCAUGCCCUAAGAUGCGAUACAAAAGUAACCUUCAACCAUCGUACUUGCUUUGUCCGGAGGCUUAUACGUGGCAUUUGCUAGAUAAAACCGUUUUAGCGAAGCUAGACGCACAUAAGUACAGUCGAUUAAAUGAUGAUGUUGGGGCGCUGGAUGCGAACAAAACAACGGAACAGGACUUAAAGGAUGUACUGCUACUUGUUGGCAGAUCCUACACGACUUACUCGGAGUAUUUGGAAAUGGUUGGUAAAGGAAUACCGUUUUUGUCGGAAUAUGCUCGACUGGUAGGAAAAAGCUGUGCAAAGAAAAUGAUGCUCUAUAGAGUGUAGCCGUUAUAAUGAUGGGAUGUUUGUUCCUUGCAAUUGUGUACUUCACUUAUUAUAAAUUGGUUUUUAUUAAAUAAUUUAUGAAAUGACUUCC